AUGAACGAGUCAGUGAUAAUUGUCGGUGUAGCCGCAAUAAUGUCUGCGGUUUUUUUCGGUUUACUUGCUUACAAUUUAAGAACCUUAAUGAUGGACACAGAUUUAACAAAUUUAUCAAUGCUACGAGAUAACAGCUCUCUCGAAGAAGAUUUCAGAGACAUAUUGGGAUUCCUUCCGCUCGUCGAGAUCCAAAUGAUAAUCGAGAAUUAUGUUCAAUACGAUCCACAAUUAAACGAGACGGUGAAUUUUAUCAAUGAUCAAAAACGAUUUAUUUUAUCGGAAUUGCAAUGUAUACCCCAAGUAUGUCAUUUUAUUAACAUGCUAAAGGAAAACGGAUUAGAAAUUGAUUAUUGGAAUGAAACAGUCCAAAGAUUUUGGAAAGCUAUGCCACCAUUUGUUAUGCCUGAUGCGUGCAUAGCUUCCGGUGGUUUAACCGGUAUGAUCAGCCGGAUAUUAAAGAUUAUACCGAGAAACGAAUUACAUAUUUUACUUCGACAGAAAUUAAGAUAUUCGAAAAGUUUUAGUAAACUAAUAAAUUAUCUGAGAUCUCGAUCGUUCAACGAACUUUGCGAUUCGAUGGAAGAUAAUGCUGGACUUCAACGACACUUUUACUGGGCGAAGGAAUCUGGCCUGGAAAUUGUCUUCGCGAUCGAAUUCGUUAGAAAUCUUUACUUUUAUCUUACCGAAGAGCUUGGAUGAAUAAUUCAAAGGAAAGGGAAAAAAAGAAAGAGUAAAAAUAUAAAAAUAUAAAAUGAAAAGGAAGGAAAGAAAAAAGUAAUCGUAAAAAAUUCUGAAAAAUCAAACAGGAGAAAAAUCACAAUAAUAUUAAAUGCUACCGUUGUAACGCGAUGAAAGAUAACGUUGGACUUUAAUUACGACUUUUUAAUGGGGAAAGAGGAAUUUGACCUUGAAAUCGUCUUCAUGAUCGAGUUCGUUAGAUACUCGUAACUCGAAACGUUACUGAAGAGCUCAGAUAAAUCAAGAAAUCCAUGAAAAAUAAAGAAAAAUAAAAUUUUUCUAUAAUAAUAAUUAUAUGAUCUAAUCAAUUCGCUUAUUACUAAUGAUUAUAAUGAAAAACGAGCUAAAUGUAUGACAUAUAUAACCUCGACUUAAAUUAAAAUACUUCAAAAGUUUCUGCAAGUUAAUAAACUUUUGAUCUGGAUCGUUUGGAUAUAAUUUUGUAAAGCGACGGUAGAUAACGCUAAACUUCUCAACGAUACUUUUACUUGCCGAAGGAAUCUGCCCUUGAAAUCUUUCAGUAUCGAGUUUGUUUAAAAACUUUUACUUUUACAUUACUGCAUAUUAAGUGUUCGAAUACACGAAAGGGUUUCAUAAAAAUGUAUAAAAAUAAAAUUCAAAAGAAAAAGAGAUUAAUAUUUAAUCGCACUAGGAUCGGAUCAGAUACAGAAAAUUUCUAUCGAAGAAACGAGUUGCAUACAUUAUUUUGACAGAUGAAUUAUGGAGGCCCUUAUAAAAAUGUAUAAAAAUGAAAUCAAAGAAUGUAACCAAUAGGAUCAAUCUGAUAUCUGUAUAUCAUAUUGAGAAACGAUUUACAGACCUAUCUCCUUCAGAAAUUAAUUAGAAGUUUUCGUAAGCCAAUAAACGUCUUUUGAUAUCAAUCUGUUAGCUAUCUUUGGGAAAAUGAGAAGUAAGAUAAAACAGAACUUCAACGGUACUAUUACAGAGAGAGGGAAUCUGGCCUUGAAAUUGUCUUCAUUAUUAUGUUCGUUAAAAACUUUUACUUCUAGUAGUGUUAUCUAAGUAUUCGAAUAAAUAAAAGAUUCUCAUAAAAAGUUUAUACGAAUAAAUUGAAAACAAUAACAAUAUUUAAUCACGGUAGUAUCAAUCGGAUAUAAAAAAAUUGUAUCGAAGUUGAGUAGGUUCUUGUAAGAAUAUAUAAAAAAAAAAGAAUUAAAAAAAAAAAAUAAACAAAUUAAGCUAUAAGAUCAGUUCGAUAUCGAAUUUCUUAUUGAGAAAAACAAGCUACGAACUUCUUCAGAAAUUAAUUGAAAGCUUUUGUAAAAGAAUAAACUUCUUUCGAUCGUAAUCUUUUAGCUAUCUUUAUAAUGAGAUGAAAGAUAACGUAGAACAUCAAGGACAUUUCUCUUGAUCAAAGGAAUCUAUCCUUGAGAUCGAGCAUGUUAAAAACUUUUAUUUCUACGUUACCAAAGAAGAAGAACAUUUGAGAGAGAAUGGUCUCUUUUACAAACGAACAAUUAAAUGUUAUAAACCUUAAUAUAUCGAAGAAUCGAAGAAAUAUUAACAAACAUUAUAAUUAUA